CCCCCUCCCUGCUGAUGACACUGGAACCUCCUUAAGUUCUGUCUCGCCGCAGCUGUCUGUGGAUACUGAGCCGGCUGGCGCCAUCCUGGUUCUUUCAGAAAUAAUGCCUUCUCUUUAAAAAGAAAAAAAGAAAAAAGAAAAGCAAAAGAGAGAGAGAGAGAGAGAGGGAGGGAGGGAAGGAAGGAAGGAAAGGGGGAGGGCAGGCGGGCAGGCGAGAGGUGGAGUGAAAUGAGGAGGACGAUUUGAGCCGAUCAAGUUUUCCCUGGCUUUUUUCGCACAACUUUUCCGCGGGUGCUUCUGUAUUCGUUUUUCCCCCUUCCUUUCUUGUCUUCCUUCCUUCCUUCCUUUUCGGGCUCCUCGCACCCCGUGGUUUCUCCUCCCUUUCUCGUUUCUUCAGCAUGCUCUUAGAAAUAGCAUUUUAAAACGUCCGCCAAGUUUUUUUCUUUUUUUGGGGGGGGGGCAACGCUUGCUGGUUUUUGAAAGGGGGAGGAGGAGGAAGAGGAGGAGAGAUGCUCCCCGCCGCAAAAAGCAGCCCCCGCCGACCAACGCACUCCAAAACAACCUAAAAAAAAAGGGGGGGGGAAGGAAGGCGAGAAGAGGGGAAAAGUAAUCUCUUCAAAAAACCAGAAAAUCAAUACAAGAAUAAAACAAAAGCGAACUUCUCACCGCCGCUUCUGCAGGUGAAAUUGGCCAGACAGGAGACUUUGCGGGAAUCGGUGUAUUUCUUUUUUUUAAACCUAAGAGAGGGAGAGAGGCGAGAGGGUAGGACAGCGCGGCAGCGCAGGCUGAGCGCUCAGGGAUCCCUGCGGCCAAUUUCCCCGCGAGGCUGCGGAGAUCGAAAGAGAAAGAAGCGAGAUGGUGCCUUCGCUGGGCGGAUAGGUGAUCGACCCAAGGCCGGCAAGCUCUCUCCGAGAAAAGGAAAACUCCUCUUGCCUCUCGUUGCUUUGCAGGCUCUCCCGGCCCCCCCUCUCUCUCCAACCACCCCCACCCAUUUUGGGGGAGAUGGUUAUUUAAGCAACAUCUUUCCCCUGUACCUAGACACUCUCCAAAUCUCUCCCUCUCUCCAGUCCUUCGGGAGACUCACUUUGGCGAACUUUUUUUUGUGUGUGUGUUUAAUUAAUUCAGGUGUUGGCAUUUGUAAAAAGUGAUUUCCCCACCUCGUUGUCUCUCCCACCCCCCGCUCCAUUAAAAGAAAAAAUAUUUUUAUUUUUUUUGCACUGGUGUGUGUGUGAGAGAGAGAGAGGGGAAGAGAGAGAGAGGCCAGAAAAAACCUUCGUUGCAACCGACCAACUCAAACCCAGCCGCCACUGAUCGUGAGAACAGGAUGGAAGUAAGCACGGAUCAGCCCCGGUGGGUAAGCCACCACCACCCGGCCGUCCUCAACGGGCAGCACCCGGACUCCCACCACCCCGGACUGGGCCAUUCCUACAUGGAUCCCACGCAGUAUCCUCUGGCGGAGGAAGUGGAUGUACUUUUUAACAUCGACGGGCAAGGCAACCACGUCUCUCCGUAUUACAGCAACUCGGUUCGGGCGACGGUGCAGCGCUACCCCCCGGCCCAUCACGCAGGUGGUCAGGUGUGCCGUCCGCCAUUGCUGCAUGGUUCUCUCCCUUGGCUGGAUGGGAGCAAGGCUUUGGGAAGCCACCACAGCACCGCCCCAUGGAACCUCAGCCCCUUCUCCAAGACCCCCAUCCACCACAGCUCGCCUGGACCUCUCUCCGUCUACCCUCCGGCGUCCUCCUCCACUUUGUCUGCGGGCCACUCCAGCCCACACCUCUUCACCUUCCCGCCGACCCCUCCCAAAGAUGUCUCCCCGGACCCCUCCAUCUCCACCCCAGGCUCCACUGGGUCCAGCCGGCAAGAGGAAAAAGAGUGCAUUAAGUACCAGGUGUCUCUGGCUGAAACCAUGAAGCUGGAGUCUUCUCAUUCCCGAAGCAGCAUGGCCUCAUUAGGAGGGGCCUCUUCCUCAGCUCAUCACCCCAUCUCCACUUACCCUUCCUACGUCCCUGAAUACGGCUCUGGACUUUUCCCUCCCAGCAGCCUGCUGGGGGGAUCGCCGACCGGUUUCGGGUGCAAAUCCAGACCAAAAGCACGUUCCAGCACAGUCAGCGGCAAGAAGGGCAGGAACAUCGUGCGCAAAUUGCCAGACCACCACCACCACCCUGUGGAGGAGGAACGCCAACGGAGACCCCGUCUGCAACGCCUGUGGGCUGUAUUAUAAGCUCCACAAUACCCCUGACUAUGAAGAAGGAAGGCAUCCAGACCCGAAACCGAAAAAUGUCUAGCAAGUCGAAAAAGUGCAAAAAGGUCCACGACACCUUGGACGAUUUCCCUAA